AUGCCUGCCCUACUAGAAGACCCCGCAUCCCACAACCCCCCACCCCAAGCACACACCCAAGCAGCAAGCACACUAACCCCCCGCCACACAACCCUCCCCAAAUCCGGCUCUGCACCUGUAACCCUGUACCCAAUUACCAAUGGCCCCUCCAGCAUCCCCCAGGGCUUGGUCAAGUACCUGCAUGAGGAGUUCAGCGCAGAAAUUGAGCGUGGUACCACCUACCCCAUGGAAAAGGCGCUAGGGCUCGAGCAAUUCGCGGAGUACUGGUUCGGCACGUUUGCAGUUGUGGCUAUUCUCGAUGACGAGGGUGACGCUGCUGGUGUUGAUGGGUUGAGGGAAGGACGGGAUUGGGCGAAGGUCUGUUUGGGAACUUUCUAUAUCAAGCCUAAUUAUCCUGGGCGCUGCUCCCACAUCUGUAAUGCUGGCUUCAUCACAACUAAUGUGGCACGCGGCAAGGGUGUGGGCUUUGCGAUGGGCGAGACAUACCUAGAAUUUGCGCCAAAAUUGGGAUACAAGUAUUCAGUCUUCAACCUGGUCUUUGCAAACAACCCGGCUUCUAUUCGCAUCUGGGAGAAGCUGGGCUUUAGCGUUAUUGGGCGGGUUCCCAAGGCGGCGCGGUUGGACAACAGCGAGGAAUUGGUCGAUGCGUUGAUAUUUGGACGGGAGUUGGGCAAUUAG